ACGGGGCCCCGCUUCCUCGCGGAGAUGUUGCGGACGGAGAAGGUGCUGCUGCUGCGGAGCCUUCAAGGCCGCUCCGUGCGGGUCGUGCGCGAGCACUACCUGCGUCCCGACGUGCCCUGCGGCAGCGCCCUCUGCCAGGCGGGCUGUCCCCGCGAUGGGAAAUUGCUGUCCGAUGAUGUCACUCACUAUGUUGUGCCUGACUGGAAGGUGCUUCAAGAUUACCUGGAGAUUCUGGAAUUCCCUGAGCUGAAGGGGCUGGUUUUCAUGCAGACAGCAUGUCAAGCAAUGCAGCAGCAAAGAGGACGCAGGCACUACAAUAAACUGCGGAAUUUAGUGAGGGAUGCCCGCCGCGAUUGCAUUAUAUUUUUUAAUGAAUUCCAGCUGCUUUCUUAUUUGCCACGAGAGCGGGGAGAAUCGCUGGAGAAAUGGCAGACCAGGAGUAUUUACAACGCCUCCGUGUGGUACUAUAAUCACUUCUCGGGCCAGAUGCCCAUCGUCAUGGUAACAGAGGACGAAGAGGCUGUACAACUGUUCGGAAGUGAAACGGAAGGCGUCUUUGUGAUCUCAUUCAAGAAUUACUUGGACAACUUCUGGCCCGAUUUAAAAGCCGCUCAAGAGCUUUUGGAUUCCAUACUCCAGUCGCGACGUGAACGGGAAAGCGAAAGCCAUGAAAACAGUGGGAAGGAAUACCCCGAGCAUCUCCCUAUAGAAACCCUGGAAGCCGGAAUCAAAUCGGGACACUACAUCCAGGGGGUCUUGAAUGUGAAUAAGCACAGAGCCCAGUUAGAGGCAUUCAUGCGAUUUCAAGGCGCUAGCAACAAAGAAAAAGAUCUCAAGACAGAUGUUCUCAUUUAUGGCACAAAAGCCCGGAAUAGGGCAAUCCAUGGGGAUGUGGUGGCAGUGGAAUUAUUGCCCCAGAAGGAGUGGAAAGGACGGACGGCUGCCCUCGGAGAGAAUGAGGGCGAAGAGAAAACUCCUGGGGAAGUUUAUGGUGAACCCAUGCCCACUGGCAAAGUGGUGGGCAUCCUGCAGAAGAACUGGCGUGAGUACGUGGUCACUUUCCCCUCCAGGGAAGAGAAUCAGUUGCACAGCAAAAACGCCCAGAAGGUUCUUGUGACCCCUUGGGAUUACCGGAUCCCUAAAAUCCGAAUAAGCACUCAGCAGGCCGAGGCAUUGCAGGAUUUCCGGGUUGUCGUACGUAUAGAUUCUUGGGAAUCAACCUCACUGUACCCCAACGGACAUUUUGUGCGGGUCGUGGGCCGGAUAGGCGAUCUCGAAGGAGAAAUACAGACGAUUCUGGUGGAGAAUUCCGUUUCGGUUAGUCCUUUCUCCGAGGCACAGAUGUGUGAGAUGCCCACCCUCGUCCCGGAGAAGCCAUGGCAAGUAAGUCCCGAGGAGCAGCAGAAGCGCCUCGAUCUGAGAGAGACCCAUUUGGUCUUCAGCAUUGACCCCAAAGGCUGCGAAGACGUGGAUGAUGCCCUCUCCAUCAGGCUCCUUCCCAACGGCAACCUGGAACUGGGCGUCCACAUUGCCGACGUAACGCAUUUUGUGGCAGCCAAUUCUUACACCGAUACAGAGGCCAAAGCAAGGGCUACUACUUACUACUUAGCUGACCGUCGCUAUGACAUGUUGCCUGCCAUCUUGAGUGCCAAUUUAUGCUCCCUUCUUGGGAACGUGGACAGGUAUGCCGUGAGCGUUAUCUGGGAGCUGGACAAGGCCUCUUACGAAAUAAAGAGAGUCCGGUACAAGAGAACCAUCAUUCGCUCUUCUUACAAACUCUUUUAUGAGGCCGCCCAGGCUUUGCUAGAGGGAGACCUGACUGCUGCCGGGGAAAUCCCGGAGCUCAAAAGCAUGGAGGAAAAUACACGGAAACAGAAGUUAGAUGAGCUGAAGUGGGCCAUCGGGAAGUUAACUGACGUUGCCCGCCAUCUCCGAGCCAAACGCAGCAGCUACGGAGCCCUGGAGCUGGAAGGGAUGGAAAUCAGGGUUCAGCUGGACGACAAGAAAAACAUCGAUGACCUUAUCCCCCGCCAGCCGCUGGAAGUCCACGAGACAAUAGCCGAGUGCAUGAUUCUGGCAAACCACUGGGUAGCCAAGAAGAUUUGGGAGGUUUUCCCCUACCAGGCGCUGCUUCGUCAGCACCCGCCACCCCGGCAGGAGUUUUUUUCCGAGGUCCGAGAAUGUGCCAGUGCAAAAGGCUUUUCGAUUGACACGCGAUCUAACAAGGCAUUAGCUGACUCUCUGGACAGAGCCGUGGACCCUUCUGACCCCCUGGUGAACCAGCUGUUGAGGUCUAUGGUCACUCAAGCCAUGUCAAACGCCGUCUAUUUUUCAACUGGAUCAUUUCCCGAGGAAGACUUCUUCCAUUACGGUCUGGCUCUGGAUAAAUACACCCACUUCACAUCGCCCAUUAGGAGGUACGCAGAUAUAAUUGUCCACAGACUCUUGUUAGCGGCCACUUCAGCAGAAGAUGAAGUCGGUGCAAAAUGUGGCUUGCUUGGCAAUAAAGAACUUGAAGAGCUAUGCAGACAUAUCAACAGCAGGAACCGGGCGGCCCAGCACGUUCAGAAGGAAUCCACAGGCCUUUUCCAGUGCAUGUUUUUCAACGACAAGAGUCCUGAGAGGGAGGAGCAGCGCUCAGCGGACGGAGUGAUCUAUUCCAUCCGAACCAACGGGGUGCUCGUCUUUGUGCCAAGGUACGGCAUUAAAGGGGCUGCCUAUCUGAGGAGCAAGGAAGGGUUGGUCAUCUCCUGUCCAACCGAUGGGGACUAUGAAUGGCAACCUGGUUCUCUGCAGCGCUUCCCCAGCAAAAUUAUCGCCACUCCCACGGUCGGAAAGCCUGUGACUUUGAAUCUCUUCGAUCAUGUGACGGUGAAAAUCUCCGUGCAGGCGUCUCGCUGCCAUGCAGAUAGGAUCCAACUUCAGAUCACAAGCUGCAAGCCAUACAAGACUUCGGAAACAGAACCGUCUCAGAGGACCCAGAUGUCUAGAACAGACUUGGUAAGGGAAGUCACGAAGACGGCGGAGGAAACGCAACUUGCACAGAAUCUGGCCAAAGCAAACCAGGCAAAGGAAGGAUUUGACGAAGAGUAUCGGCAGACCCAGUGUAGGAAGAGCUUGUAUCAUCUGCUAGAAGAAAUCAAGGAUCUGUCCCUUUUGGAUGUAUCUGCAGACCGUGGAGCAUGAGGCCUCAUUUCACACGGCUUCUGUGCCAAAGCCUCUUUUCUCAGCUUGUGGGUUGUUUUUUUUAAGUUGUAAAUUUAUGAUUACAAUGUUGUUUAUCUUUAAAAAAAAUGGAGAAUCUAUUUUUAAGAUUGCAUUUUUAAAUCCAUUUAUAGCAAUUAUUGGUCGUGGAAGAUACGCUUUUGUCUUUUAUAAAUUAAAUACAAAUAGCUCUUAAGCACCUCAGGGAGUAAGUGAUGAUGUAGCAGAUUAGUUCUUUAAAGUACUCCUGCUUGGUAAUUUUUGACUGUGUAGAAACCUACAUUGAGUGAGUUGCUUUAAAUUAUUUUAAUGGGUAGUGUAGCAAUUCUCAACUUCAGCAACUUUUAAGAUCAUGGAUGCCAAUUCCCAGAAUUCCCUAGCCGGCAUGCCUGCUCAGGAAUUCUGGGAAUCAAGUGUCUACACAACUUAAAAGUUGCUGGGGUUGAGAAACACUGAGCUACGGUUCAGUUAUUUAAUCGUUUUUAGUUGUUUUGACAUGCAGAUACUGAGAUAUACAGUAUGUAAAUGACAGGAAACAGUCAGAUGUAGCUUUAAGAACAAGUUUAGUUCGGUCUUUUUUUUAAAAAAAAAAAAGUCGUUUAUAGGCAGAGUUGCUUAGUGUUUGAAGAGUUUUUGAAGUCUAAGGAAGCAAAGCCAAGUCAUUUUUGAUGCUCAGAUAUGCUAUUUUCUUAUGCUGAAACUUGGGGUUUGCAAGGGCUCUUUGUAGGAAUCUUAAUUUCUCUAUAAAUGCACAAAAACACCUGGAUUUGCACAAUACAGUUGCAAAUGGUUAACCCAAUGUUCUGGAUCUGCAGUGGACCAUGUACUAACUUCAUAGUUGUAUUCUCUAAGCACACUCAAGUGCUGGUGGCUAGUUUGUACCUCAAUCUCUUAGCUGCUAUUUAUAGUACCAUGUACUUAAGGGUUGAACCCCCACGCUUAUCGUUCACACGCCUGACUUUUCCCAUGUAGCACAAGCACUCAAGUGAGUUCACACCAGCUUGGUGUGAUAAUACGUGAAGCAAGCUUUUAUUUCUCAGCAAACAUCCACAGAUUGCCAGGCUUCAGAUUUAAUUCAUAUGAAUUUGUGGAAGCAGUAAAAAAUGUCUUCUCCUUCCCCAACUAUGAUCAAAGUUGGCAAGCAUCACUGUGGAAGAACCAAAGAUUUCAUGACCUUGUCUGAACUCUGCACUUAGCAGCCAAGGGGAAAAAUGGCUGGUGGGAAGUUUGACUGACAGUGUCUGUCAAACUUAGCCGGUUGCAGAUGUGGGCGUCCGCAUUGUACAGUUCUUCUUUGAAGUGGUUUGGAAAAAUAAAAAUGAUUAUUCAUUGA